AUGAACUCAACACGCAACCAGCUUCUCCGUCUAUGCGGGAUACCCUUCUCUCAUUUGGCCUUUAGGCCCGUUGCAUCCUCAAUACCGUCUCUUGUCCGCCAUAUGCAACCUCUAGCUACGAAAACAAUAGGAAGCAUUGCCAGUUCCAAGUUACUAUCCUCUCUACCACGUUCUUCACCAUUUUCUACCUCGACAUCAACUCAAUCUCAAACCCCCGCUUCCGACACUACGUCUACAACAACACCUACCUCGACUUCCACACUCCCUCCAGGUGUAAGCCGUGGCUUUGGCACCGUCAUCUCUGCAGGCCGCAUGCAACGCACCGUUCGCGUGGAACAAAUACGCACCAAAUUCGACAACUCUCUCCAGAAGCGGUUCCUCGUAAAGAAAGUUCAUCUAGUCUCUGACCCCCGUGAUUCACUACGAGAAGGUGACAAGAUUGAAUUUUGGAGUGGGCGACGUGUGAGCGAACAUGUUAGACAUGUAGUAGAAAGGAUUAUCGUACCUUUCGGAACACCCAUCGAAGACCGCCCCCCUGUGAUGACUUAUGCGGAGAGAAAAGAAGAGGAAUUGAAUGCGCGGAAGAACAGAAGACUCAGGAGGCUUGAAAGAAUGGCGAACGGCCAGCCCGUCGAUAUUGAAGUAACUGGGGAGCUGAGAAUGGGAAAACUCAAGGAACGAGUUAUGAAGAGACUGGAGGCUGAGAAGGAGAGGUAG